UUAAUAUGAUGGACGUGAAUUAGAAGAAACAAGUUUGAUUUUGAGCCUGGAUAGGUGUUUACCAAGCUGAACUUUAGCAAGAAGAAGAUCAAGCUGAUCACCAAGACUAGCAUUCCAAGAACCAGAUUUUAUCAAGGGAAACGUGAACAUGGAGGAGAUGAAAGAGAUUGAGAGGGUUGAGAGAGAAGAUCCAGAAGAGAUAAAUGGUGAGCAAGAGGAGUUGAAGAGGAUUGCACCUUGGACGAAACAGAUAACAAUUAGAGGACUCGUAGCUAGCCUUCUUAUUGGCAUCAUAUACAGUGUGAUAGUCAUGAAGCUCAACCUCACGACCGGGCUAGUUCCGAACCUCAAUGUCUCAGCCGCUCUUCUUGCCUUUGUAUUUGUUAGGUCAUGGACAAAGCUGCUGCAGAAGGUUGGAUUUGCUUCAACUCCUUUCACUCGACAAGAGAAUACCAUAAUUCAGACCUGUGCUGUUGCUUGUUAUAGUAUUGCUGUUGGAGGUGGAUUUGGUUCUUAUCUAUUGGGUUUAAACAGGAAGACUUAUGAACAAGCUGGCGUUGACACCGAAGGCAAUAAUCCAGGUAGCAUCAAGGAACCUGGGAUUCAUUGGAUGAUUGGUUUUCUCUUUGUGAGUUCCUUUGUCGGGCUUUUGGCAUUGGUUCCUCUAAGAAAGAUCAUGAUAAUCGACUACAAAUUAGCUUACCCAAGUGGAACCGCUACAGCUGUUCUGAUUAAUGGAUUUCAUACUCGUAAAGGAGACAAAAUGGCCAAGAAGCAGGUUCACGGGUUUCUGAAAUUCUUUUCACUUAGUUUCCUUUGGGCUUUCUUCCAAUGGUUCUAUGCAGGUGGAGAUGCAUGUGGGUUUUCUCAGUUUCCUACAUUUGGUUUGAAAGCAUGGAAAAACUCAUUUUACUUUGAUUUUAGUAUGACUUACAUGGGAGCAGGAAUGAUCUGUUCACAUCUAGUAAACUUAUCUUUGCUCCUCGGUGCGGUGCUUUUGGGAGUAAUGUGGCCACUUAUUGGAGGGCUCAAGGGAGAGUGGUUCCCUGCUACUUUACCCGAAAGCAGCAUGAAGAGUCUAAAUGGCUACAAGGUUUUUAUUUCUAUUUCUUUAAUUCUGGGGGAUGGGCUCUACAAUUUUCUGAAGGUUCUGUUUUUCACUGCAAGAAACAUCCACACUAGAGUUAAAAAUAGUAACCUUAAAACAUCAUCCGAUAACCAGAAGUCGCAUCCGGACGAUCUUCAUCGAAAUGAACUAUUCGUUAGAGAGAGAAUUCCUAUGUGGGUAGCAUGUGCAGGGUACACUACUUUUUCUAUCGUUUCCAUCAUUGUUAUCCCUCAGAUGUUCCCCGAGCUAAAAUGGUAUUAUGUAGUUGUUGCUUACAUUCUUGCACCCUCUUUGAGCUUCUGCAAUGCUUAUGGUGCUGGUCUGACUGACAUGAACAUGGCGUACAAUUACGGGAAAGUAGCUCUCUUCGUUCUUGCUGCCUUGUCUGGAAAGGAAAAUGGUGUCGUUGCAGGACUCGUGGGCUGUGGUCUUAUUAAAUCUAUUGUUUCUAUCUCAUCUGAUUUGAUGCAUGAUCUCAAGACCGGUCAUCUAACUCUCACUUCCCCAAGAUCCAUGCUUCUCAGCCAGGCUAUCGGAACGGCCAUCGGCUGUGUUGUAGCUCCUCUUACAUUCUUUCUCUUCUAUAAAGCUUUCGAUCUGGGGAACCCCGAUGGUCAAUACAAAGCCCCAUAUGCUCUCAUUUACCGAAAUAUGGCCAUUCUUGGUGUUCAAGGCUUCUCUGCCCUUCCCUGGCAUUGUUUGCAGUUCUGCUAUGGGUUUUUUUCCUUUGCCAUAGCGGCCAAUUUGUUGAGAGAUUGUACUCCCAAGUAUAUCGGGAAAUGGGUUCCCCUUCCAAUGGCUAUGGCUGUGCCUUUCCUUGUUGGUGCUUAUUUUGCAAUUGAUAUGUGUGUGGGGAGUUUGGCUGUUUUUGCAUGGCACAAGCUAAAUGGCAAGAAGGCUGGUUUGAUGGUUCCUGCCGUGGCAUCUGGCUUGAUAUGCGGAGAUGGGCUAUGGCUUCUCCCUUCGUCGAUCCUUGCUUUGUUUAAGGUUCGUCCUCCAAUCUGCAUGAACUUCUUUGCAACAACAUAGACUAUUGUGUUAAGAGCACAGUGAGGAAGAUAGAGAGUGAAGGGGCUUUGUUAGUUUACAUAUAACAAAACUAACUUUGUCGUAGAUGGAAACGAAAACCAGUAUAGCGUUCAAUACACAAUCUGUCCUCGAGUUAUAGGUAGACGAACAAUAGUUUAGGCAUGUAUUUAUGCUGUUCUAAAGUAACAUACAUUAUAUGAGCUUCAAGUCUCAGGAAAAGUUGGUUCUUAUGCAGAUCAAUGUAUGCAAAAAUGUUGUAAUAAAAUCCAGUUUAGAUGAUGAAUAAAGAGCAGUUCGAUACCGGAAUCCGAUUCAA